GUCCACAAAGGACCUGGCCAGCACCCAGUCUUGACUGGUGGCAUCUCUCAGGGGGUCUUGCAGCAGAGGACUUUUGCCAUCAUCUGCUACUUGACUGCUUUUUAACUGGAUGUGCCAGGGAUGGGGAGCGGGAUCUUCAGGCAAUGCUUGUGCCCUGUCCCUGAUCCAGUCGUCUUCCUCUCUUCUGUCCCUCACAGCCAACGGAACGACGCUCCCAAUUCACCCCUGUUCCUUGCUUCCUCCUGAGGGACUGGAAAUGGCUGAAGCUGGGCUGACUGAGGUAAGUGAAGGUUAUCCUGAGGGAAGUCAAGGUUAGAGGGAGGCCUUGAGCAGGGCGAAUGUAAUGCCAAGCUAAGGACCUGAGCACACCUGAGCACAUGCAGAGCACAUAUGCCCCAUCACUGAGCAACUUCCCAGCCCCGUUUAAUUUGUCUCAACCGUUUCUAUACCACUUGAUUGCCAUUGUCUCUAAGCAGUGCACAUAGUAUUCCGUACAAUGAAAAAGGGUGGAAAUUAUAAAAUAAUUUCCUGUGAGGUGGGCUAGACAGAGCCUGUGACUGGCUCAAGGUCACCAAUGAGCUUCAUGCCUGAGUGGGGAUUUGAACCCUGGCCUCCAUGAGCCCACACUCAAGCUCUAACCACUACACCACACUGCCUCUCAGUAGAUGCUUAGGGAUGGGACUGGGGGCUGUGAUUUUACACAGCUUGGCAUUGCAAAAUCGGGAGUGGGAGUGUGUGUGGGGUCUUGGGCGUCCAUCUUUAAAUGGUGUUUUCCGGAACAGCAGAACCUGAGUGGGGGACGUUUUGCUGUUUCAGGGCCUAGCGAGCGCCAAGGAGAAGGAGGGGCCUUUCGGCAAGGAGGAGGCAUCCCUGACACAGCCAGGCCAGAGGACGAUGUUCUGGCAAGUCAAAGAGGAGAACUGCCGCAUUGUGGGCUCUCUGGGUAAGGAAUAGCGUUUCAGAGGAGAAAAUCUAUGGUCCUCCAGGUGGGGCUGAGCCACAUCUCCCCUCAGCCCCAGGAAGCGUGGCCGAUGGUCAAGGAUGAUGGGAUUUGUAGUUCAGCAACAUCUGAGGGUCGAAGGUUCCCCACAGCUGCCCUAGGGCUUCAGCCCUAACUAGGUCUACUCAGAAGUAAGUCCCGGGGAUGCUUACUCCCAGGUAAGUGGGGUGAGGAUUGCAGCAAACCCCACAAACUUUUCAGGCUGCAAUCCUAAGUGUGUUUACAAGGGGUCAGCCCCACUGGGGAGACUGAAGCACUUUCUUUUCAUACUCAACUCUACCAGGGCCCAUUGGCUACGAUUCAAGCAUGUUUACUCAGAGGCAAGUCUUUCACAACUAAAACCUUUCCUUUAAACUAUCUUCAAUAUAUCAUUUAGUUGGUGCAACUGUAACCAGUCCUUUAAUAAAUGCCUUAUCUCAUCAUAGUCUUUUAGUUUCACCUGAUAUUCUACUUUGGUUAACAGCUCUCUAUACGUCGGCCAUUUGGUUCUCAUUUUCACUUUUUCAAAGAUGUUGUUUCUAAAGAGGAAAACCACCAGGGUGUUUUUUUGCUCCAAGAAGUUUUUGUAUUUCUCCCAUACCAUAAAGAUUGAUUUUCUUAUUAGAUGAUUCUGAACACCUUUCCACCUUAGCUUCUCAUACCAUAAAUAUGCGUGCCAUCCAAAUCUGUUGCCAUGUCCUUCCAAAUCUAGUAAAUCUGCAUUUUUAAAUAUUGUCCAUUCCCGGAGCCAGCAAAGACAGGAUGGAAUAAAGGUGUCUUUAUUCCAACAUGUGCCGCCACCCCGUGGAACGCCCUCCCAUCAGAUGUCAAGGAAAUACGUAAACAACUGACAUUUAGAAGACAUCUAAAGCCAGGGAUGUUUUAAAUGGUUGACGUUUUAUUGCUUCUUUAUUAUUAAUACUAAUAUUCUGUUGGGAGCCGCCCAGAGUGGCUGGGGAAACCCAGCCUGAUUGGCGGGGAAGGCUCCCUUCGAGAUCCUUAUGAGAGCUCCUCAGUGAGAGGGACCAUGUUUCCUGGAGUUCCGAGUGAGAAAUGCUCUGUAGGGUCAGCGCAGACUGGAGCAUCCACAGCAAAGCCACUCAGGGGAGAGAGAGGAUGAAUCCGUUCCUGGGGCAGGUGGUGACAAGCACCUAAGGAAAACUGCUGCCCGCCAGAGAACCCACCCUGUUAAGAGGCACACAGCGCCAGCGGGAAGAAUUUCUGGCCGAGUGCAGACCUUGAUAAAGAUAAGGGAAUGUACCCGAGUGAAAACCAACACAAAUGUUUGGCAUGCGGCAAGAGCUUUGUUUACAGCUCCCAUCUCAUCCAGCACCAGAGGACCCACACUGGGAGAAGCCCUCUGAGUGCUCCGUCUGAGGGAAGAGGUUCAGCACCACUCGGACUGCAGCCGCCACGAGAGAAUCCACAUGGGCGAGAAGCCGUACAAGUGCUGCAAGUGCGGGAAGAGGUUCCAGCUCGCUUCGGACCUCUUUCCCCACCAAAGGAUCCGCACCAGGGAGAAGCUUUAUGAUUGUUUGGGCUGCAAGAAAAGGUUAACGCAGAAAGCCAACCUCGUGAAGCACUGUAGGAAGAUGCACACGGGUGACAAGCCACACCCAUGUCCCAAAAACACCUGAUGGGGUUCAGUGUCAGCUGAUCUUCAAAGUUUGCACCCCCAAUCCUGAUGAACUUGUUUCUUGUUUCUUAAGGUCUUAUGCCAAGGUCCUGCUCUGCAUAUUUUCAGAGGAUGUGGCCUUUGCUGUGCUGAAACCUGGGCAACAAAACAUCCCCUCCUCUGGUCAUUAGGCACUCACACCCUUUCCUGGUAGUUGUUUUUUUAAACAUUUUUAAACUGAUUUUUUAAGAAAUACUAGAACCAUUAAACACUUAUCCAGCAAUACAUCUAAUGGUGUUGGUUCUGUCCAUUGACUUUAGACAUAAACUUACACAUUCAAGGCUCAAACAUACUAUUUAAUGUAAUCUCUCUGCUGAGACUAUUGGGCGGUUGGCAUAACAAGGUUUUGAUUUUGGUCAACAACAAAGUUAAAGAAAGUGUUUCUUUAACUUUAAUUUCUUGGAAAGUGUUACUUUCUGUUUGGAAUUUAAUUGCCCUCCUAUAUCUGGUGAGACGUUUAGACAUUGCUAUAUCCCAGAUAUUAUUUUCAGUCUAGUUCUUCCACUGCUGAGCUAUUGCUAAUUGUGCUACAGUCUGUAAGAAGUCUACUAGUUCUCUGUGGUGCAAGGUAGAACCCAAGUCUACAUCUAAAGAUAAUAUAGGGACAGAGUAGAGCUUUUUUGGCAACACCCCCCCCCCCAAUUAAGUUUUGGGGCUUUUUAAAGCUCUGUUUUCUAUUUUAAAAAACCAGCACAAGCUACUUUUCAUAUGCCCUGGUUUUCCUGGACAAUUUGCCGAGUCAGCCAAAAUCCCCCCGGACACUGUUUUUGCAGUCCGAUUCCUGGAUAUCUCUGGGAUAACCUGGACGUAUGACAGGCCUAGAUAAUAGGGCUAAGACAGGAUUUGGAGAGAGGGGUUGGCUUGUAACUGCAGAUAUAAUGGAGAAUAUUGCAAAAGUUUUUAACAUGUAGGCAUUCCCAGCAAACAGGAAUAAAUGAAACAAGUUUUCCACAACUCUUCCAACAUAAAUGGGAAAGGAAGGGAUUGAUUUUUGCCAACCUGACUAGUGUCUGGUGCCCGCAGAACAUGACCUUGAAGGAGACAUCUUGUAAGUGAGCAGAGGUGCUUUUAAGGGGCAGGGAGUGGUCCAGAUUCCCUCCCAUUUGUGUGGGUGGCCAAAUUCUGAUUCCCAUGCAGUUUGAAGGCUUGUAGCAUCCUUGCUUCAUGGUCUAGUCUCUUCUUCUUCAUCUUCAUCUCUGGCAAUCACUCGUAAGCGAGUAAUGAGCACAGUCUUAACAGUGGGUCCAUAAGUGACUGUGGAGGCCAAUUCUGGAUCCAUACGUCCUUCCACAAUGGGGACAUAGGUUUCUGGCUGGGAGUUGAUCACAGUGAGGGUGUGCCAAAUGUGCCUUCCUCUUAGCGUGUUUCUCCCUUUCGUUCUGAGUUCGAGUGUCUUCAAAGCCCAUGACACCUUUGAUAAAAGCUGUUCUCCAAUUGGAGCGCUCGCAGGCCAGGGUUUCCCAGUUGUCAGUGUUUAUACUAUAUUAUUAUACUACCUUUUUAAAGAUUUGCCUUGAGAGAGUCUUUAAACCUCUUUCGUUGACCACCAGCGUUACGCUUUCCAUUUUUAUGUUUGGAAUAGAGUAGUUUGGAAACCCAGCCAGAUGGGCAGGGUAUAAACAUUAUUAUUAUUAUUAUUAUUAUUAUUAUUAUUAUUAUUAUUAUUGGUUUGGAAGAUGAUAAUCAGGCAUCUGAACAAUGGCUUUAACUGUUUUAAUUCCCAGCUGAUAUUAAACAUGUGCUCAGGGCUCAUGAAUUUUAGGCGCCACUUGUUAAACGUGGUUUUCCCUGAGGUCUUUGGCCCAGUCAUUUUAUAAAAUAUCAGUUGUACAUCUGUAGAAAUGCUUUCAUUGUUUUGGGGGGUGUAGGAAUGGCUUUGGGUUUAGAACUUGAAUCUCAUCUCACUUUUAAUCUAGUACACUGCAUCGAUGGCUCUACAUUGUGAGGCAGAACUUGUAAAAAAGAAGAAGAGAGAAUCAUAGAAUUGUAAAGUUGGAAGGGACCACGAAGAUCAUCAAGGCAACGAGGUUGGAACCCAUGACCCUGGGAUUUAAGAAUCUCAUGCUCUGCCAACUGAGCUUUCCAAAUAGCUUAUAUCUCUGAGCCCUUGCCCCCUUGGCUGAUAAAAAACAGGGACACCUGGCUGGGCCCGAGGGGGUGGCAUACCCUCCAACAUUACUCCGAUGGAAAUAGUGGUGUCCGAUUCUUCUUCUUCUUCUUCUUCUUCUUCUUCCUCCUCCUCCUCCUCCUCUUCUUCAUCAUACCCUACCCAUCUGACUGGGAUGCCCCAGCCACUUUGAGAAGCUUCUAACAUAUAUAAAAUAUAAUAAAACCUUAAACAUCAAAAAAACUUCCCUAUACAGAGCUGCCUUCAGAUGUCUUCUAAAGGUUGUAUAGUUACUUAUCACCUUGGCUUCGGGGUCACAUAACUCCAUACCCUCCAACAUUUCUCUGACAAAAAGAGGGACAUCCCAGGGAAAAGCGGAACAUUCUGGGAUCAAAUCCAAAACUGGGACGGCUUCAGUAAAUCCAGGUCUGUCCCUGGAAAAUAUGGACACCUGGAGGGUCCAUAAGACUCCACUGUUGCUUCUUGGGCAAGAGGGCCCCUUCAGAUGGCAAUAGAGCAAUAACACAAUAGAGCCAUGCAAAUGCCCCGAUGGUGGGAAGAAGAAGAAGAGUUUGGAUUUGAUAUCCUGCCUUUCACUCCCUUUAAGGAGUCUCAAAGCGGCUAACAUUCUCCUUUCCCUUCCUCCCCCACAACAAACACUCUGUGAGGUGAGUGGGGCUGAGAGACUUCAAAGAAGUGUGACUGGCCCAGGGUCACCCAGCAGCUGCAUGUGGAGGAGCGGAGACGCGAACCCGGUUCCCCAGAUUACGAGACUACCGCUCUCAACCACUACACCACACUGGGAGAAUCUCCGACCAUCCAUGCAACUUCAGAGAACACCAGAAAAUGAGGCUUUGUGAUUUCAGCAGAUAAAACGAAGAAAAGAAUGCAAACUGCUUGCUCCACUAGGCUAGAGAAGCAGCUCCCAGUUGCUUAUCAUUUUAAGAAAUGAAACUUGGGAGUGCAACUUGGAGGAUAAAGCUCCCCACUUAUUCUUAUUCUUGCUGUGAAUCAGCCCAUUACCCCAUGGUUACAACCAUUAACCAUGAAGGAAAUCAGCCCUGAGUGCUCACUGGAAGGACAGAUCGUGAAGCUGAGGCUCCAAUACUUUGGCCACCUCAUGAGGAGAGAAGACUCUCUCGAAAAGACCCUGAUGUUGGCAAAGAUGGAGGGGAGAAGGGGACAACAGAGGAUGAGAUUGUUGGACAGUGUUCUCGAAG